AGCAAGCCGACUCUUCGCCCGGGGAAGCGUUGCUAACUGCAGUCAUGUUAACUCUAACUAUUCUUUAAUGCAUUUAAACUUUUAUGAAGAAAAACACAAAUAAACUAUAAUGGCGAGUAAGGGUCCUUUGUGGAGAAGGAUGAAGUCUUCCGCUGGACCUGUUGCCCGCGCGAGGCACGGCCAUCGGGCAGUAGCCGUCCGAGAGCUGCUGAUUGUGUUUGGAGGCGGAAACGAGGGAAUAGCGACCAACCUACAUGUUUAUAACACCGUGACCAGGCAGUGGUUCCUACCAGCAGUCCGGGGUGAUAUCCCACCUGGCUGUGCUGCUCAUGGCUUUGCCUGUGAGGGAACACGGAUCUUGGUGUUCGGGGGCAUGGUUGAAUUUGGCCAAUAUACAAACAGUCUUUAUGAAUUGCAGGCCAGUCGUUGGCUAUGGAAGAAACUGAAGCCCCGCCCACCGAAGAAUGCAGAUCCCCCGUGUCCACGGAUUGGUCACAGCUUCACUCUCCACGCCAACAAGUGCUACCUUUUAGGCGGAAUGGCCAAUGACAGCGGAGACCCAAAUGGAAACGUGCCACGGUACCUGGAUGACUUUUAUGAACUAGAGCUACAGGCCCAAUCCGGGGUGAAAGGAUGGAACGUUCCGGAAACCAAAGGCGGAGGACCGUCAGCCAGAGAAUCCCACAGUUCUGUGGUGUACACUGGCAAGGGUGGCAGCUCCCCAAAGCUCUAUGUUUUUGGGGGCAUGUGUGGGCACAGAUUGAAUGAUUUGUGGCAGCUAGACCUUGAAACUAUGACCUGGACAUUACCUCCAACCAGAGGGGAACUCCCGUUACCCAGAAGUCUGCACACCUCCAAUGUGAUUGGAAACAAGUUGUACGUAUUUGGAGGCUGGGUUCCUGUUGGAGAUGCGGAGGACAUGCUCUCUACCGAUGGAGUAAAAUGGAUCUGCACCAACUCUCUUUCCAUUCUAAACCUUGACACGCUGACAUGGCACAACCUGACUCAGGAAGAACAUCAGAAUGGAUCAGAAACAGCUGUGGUGUCAGUGGAUGAGGGAGAGGGCACUGCCCAUUGCCCGAAACCACGAGCCGGCCACUGUGCGGCAGCUGUCGCCACUCGUCUGUACAUCUGGAGCGGACGAGAUGGAUACAGAAAGUGCAAUAACUACCAGGUCUGCUGCAAUGAUCUGUGGUACCUGGAGACAGAGAAGCCUUCCACUCCUGGUGCUGUGUUCCUUGUGAAGUCUACAAUCAAUAUGCUGCAUGUUGCCUGGCGCCCUCUACCUGCAGCCGAAUGUUAUUUGCUUCAAGUGCAGCCCAUCACUUCUCCCAGGUCCCCAUCCAAAUCGACUCCUCUAACAGACCCAGGAGAUGGAAAAGACCCCGCACAGAAAUACUCCCAGCAACUUAAGAACACUGUAAGUGGAGACGCCAAAGGUGCAGAGGAGAGAGACUCUUCAUUACAGGGAAGCCUUUUGAAGGCGAAAGAGACGGGUAAGGACGUCCGAGCCCCAGGAGAGUCUGACCUUAGUUCUGAUGUAUCGCCUACGACACAGUCUGAACGAGACACCUUACCCAUCCCAACCCAACACCCUGAGAAUACAGAGGACUCGGUGUGGUUUGACGUGGGAGUGUUUAAAACACUGUUUUGUGAGGUUACACACUACUUCCUGCCGUCUGAGGAUGGUGACUUUGUAUCCAUUCUGUCCGAUCAAAACCAGGCCGACAGUAAGUGGAAGCUGCCUGGUCCUCGUAGUUUUACAGGGCGUGAGAAGCAGGAAUUAGCCUCGGGAGUAACAUACAGACUCAGGGUGGCCGGACUGAACAGCUGUGGUUUGGGUGACUUCAGUCCAGUCAGUGAGUUUAAGACUUGCCAACCUGGAUUUCCCGGAGCGCCAUCUGCUGUCAAAAUCACCAAGGAUUCUGACUCCGUCCAUAUCGCCUGGGAGCCUCCCACCUCUCUAUCUGGGAAAAUCCUGGAGUAUUCAAUGUACUUAGCUGUGAGGAAGAGUAAAGGGAACAAUACAGAGAGAACCGGCGAGCUGGCAUUCAUCCGAAUCUAUCGUGGUACUAAGACAUCGUGCUUAGUCAGCGAAGCCCAGUUGAACAACGCACACAUCGAUUGUUCGGCACGUCCCGCUAUAGUCUUCCGCAUCGCUGCUAAGAACGAUCAGGGAUACGGUCCGGCAACUCAGAUCCGCUGGCUGCAAGACACGAGCAAAAUCAAAUCGUCAGUGACGCAGCCAGACUCCGCUUCUUCAUUGGCUGAGCCUGAUACCACCUGCAAGUGAACUCUGACAUGCAUCUUUUUGCACUCUCCAAAACCUAUAAUGACUGAACCGGAUCUUACCUCAAUGUCCACUGCUCGUACUGUCUUUGUAUCAUAAAUGGACCAUCGCUGUAAAAUGUACAUUUACACUUAUUUUUAUAUCAAGAUUCACUGUUGUACAUAUUUUCUUUUUUGCGAGUUGUGACAAUCGCAUGUGACAGGCGGCAUUGGAAUGUUUUGAAAUCCCAAAUCUGGUUUCGGAGUGUAAAAUCCUAAUCUUGCAAAAUGAGCCACUUCCAAUCCCUUCUUAUUUGCAUAGGCUGUAGUUUAAUCACAAACAUCCCCAGUGUUGCCUUCUUGCCUUUUUAUAUAUACAUGUAUUAUAAAAGCCCUCUUAGAACUCCUAACCAAGACAUACUAUAAUAGCAUAACUAAAAACCAUUCUUCCUGUGCCUCAUAACUGUACAUGAUUACAACGUAUUUUCAAUGAGAAAUGUUUGCCAUUUAUAGGAUUAGCCGUAAAGUUUGCAUAACGUUUAAAUUCCAUCAGUAUAAUCCAUCAAAAUAGAGAGGCUUCUUUUCAAGUGCAUUUCUACAUUUAUAUAGUUGAUUAUAUUUGAAAUGUUUCAUUAACACGUUUGAAAAGAUACCUACAGUCAUUUUAGUCACCUGAUUAACAUUGAAACCACCUAUAUAAGCAGAAUUACAAAUAACUUGCUCAGAAUGUUGCUGAAAUGUCUGGUAGACCUUCGCAAAGAAUCAAUUUGUUGAGUAGGUUCAACUUAAUCUAAUUAAAAUGCAAUAAAAUAUUCAUAUAAAUUAAAUAGAACAUAAAUUGUUACAUAAUAACCAUACAGACUUUGGGCCAGGCUUGUACAUCCGCUGAAACUUACAAUGUUUUCAGUGCUGAAUCCGUUCCCGGCCUAGAUGUUAUGUUUGUCAUUUUGAGUCCACCAGUCAGUUUGAAUUAUUUACAUUUUUAUGUAUUUGUUUCAGUGUUUUGCUAAUAAAGUAUUCAGCAUCCA